GCGCGGAGAACUCGAACAUGAGUUCACAGUCUCGUCGCUCGAAACAGGUAGGCAUGGCCCGCUCUUCGACUGUUCAUUUCCUUCAAAGUCAUCGUGCCGAGCGACCAGCACAUCAGAGCAGAGCCUGGCUGAGAAAACAAUCAUAUGCACUGCUCUUCUCUUUGUGAUUGGCGAUCGAUCUCAAAUGUGCCUUCGCGGCUGAGCUUGCAUUGGCGCAGCGCACAUUCUGAAAGCCACUCUGAUCCACUACGCUGUCAAGAUUGAACAAUGCAGCAGAGGCCCGCAUUCGUGAAGUGGAGACAAGCUCGUUCAAGCUCGCAGGGGUCCUGAAGGCUAAUGGUGGGGUGCAUGGUCGGGAGCUAGAGACUGUAGCUACUCGAGGAAGGUAAAGACUGCUGGAGCCCAAACAGUAGCAUUGUGACGGCAUUGCGCUCCGAGUGCCCAAUUUUAACCGGAUUAUAGCCAUCAGAAGUACCCCUCCCGUCGUCUCGUACAUAUCGAUGCGAGAGAGUGCUUCGGCUGCGUACUCGGUAACUAUGAAUCGCAAGUUUGGUCCCAGGAGCAAGAAAGUUAAACUUCAAAGUUUCCUCAACUUUCGCAAAACACUGAGAUGAAGUUCUUCAAAAGCCUAAUCCUCCUUGCGAGGCUCAGACUGGUGGCAUCAACUCCUUAUGGCAAUGACGAAGCUCUCACUGUCCGUGCCUCGACAGGCUUCAUCACUGGUCGGAUCAAUGCGAACUACACCAACGUGAGGGAGUUCCUGUCUGUACCCUUCGGACAGGACACAGCAGGUCAGAAUCGAUUCAAGCCACCCCUCGCGGUUCCACUGUCCUCGGAGAGAAUCAACGCAACCGAAUAUCCUCCAGCUUGCCCGCAGUAUGUGACGUCCCAAAAGACUAUUUGGAACCAGAAGAUACCUCAGUAUCUCCAGGAAUGGGGAGCACCAAAUCUCACAGCGGGAAUCUCUGCUCCUUUCGCCACUGAAGAUUGUCUCAAGCUCGCGAUAUGGACCCCAGCCAAUGCGACCUACGCCUCUCGCUUACCUGUCGCUAUGUUCUGGACUGGAGGAGGCUUCCAGACAAAUGGUAUCUUGGUGCCAGGUCAAGUUCCCGGCCGAUGGGUAUCGCGAUCUCAAUCUCACAUCGUCGUCACGAUCAACUACAGGAUGAACAUCAUGGGAUUUCCUAACGCAGGAGGCAUUUCAACGCAGAACCUGGGCUUGCUUGACCAACGCCUCGCACUCGAAUGGGUACGAGACAACAUCGCAGCUUUCGGCGGAGACCCUUCAAAGAUCACGAUUUGGGGCCAGUCUGCCGGCGCAGCUUCAGUUGACAUUCACAACUAUGCCUUCUACAACGACCCAAUCGCACAUGGGUUCUUCGCCCAGUCCGGGAGUAUCAUCGCUUUCCCUCCAUCCGUGCCAGAUGCUACGUAUUCCAACUUCACAUUCGUCGCGAAGAAUGUUGGAUGUGAUUUUCCUACCAACUUCACUGCAGAACUGGAGUGCAUGCAAAAGGUCGAUCACAACGACAUCAUCGAUUUCAUGGGACGAUACCAGGACAAUGGCACUCAGCCGGACAUAUCCUUUUCGACUGUCGCGGAUGAGAAACUUGUGUUCUCCAAUUAUACUGAGCGAUACUUGCAACAACGAGUGACGAGAGCUCCGAUGAUAUACUCAUCCACUGCCAACGAGGGUGGAAGUCUGAGCACGUAUCCUGCAGAUGAUCCGCAGAGAGGUGUGAACCAGACGGAAGCCGACCAGACUACAUUGCAAAUCCUAUGCGGCGCUGCGAGAAGUGGUGCAUUGAGGAAUGGCCUGGGACUCCCGACGUACAGGUACCAAUAUGCCGGGAACUGGACGAACCAAGACCCUUUGCCUUGGAUGGGUGCCUAUCACUCGAGUGACCUUGUCAUGUUCUUUGGCACGUACGAGGAUGGAGUGGGACCCGCAACUCCGCUGGAGAUCGAGACGAGCGAGACGAUGGAGGAUCUUCUGCUGGAAUUUGUCCGUGAUCCUUGGAAUGGACUGUCGAACGCGACCUGGCCAGCUUACGAUACGACGGCGAGCAAUGGUGGGGCCUUGCUGAGAUUUGGUGCUGAUGGCAAGGCUGUGCAACAGGUCGAUGCCGGCGAUGUGGAGGCUGCUUGUUCUGGAAAGGGAGAGUACGAUCCAUUUCCGUGAGUGUGUGAUGCGAGACUCGUUGCGACAUUGGAGGAAAUUCACUUUAGCGUUGACUCGUACCAUGCUAAAGCAGCUGCUCGAAUUCAAGGUCAACUUCGACUCAAGCACAAUUCUCCUGCUCAUCAGAUUGGUCGUGGCCGUAGCUGAGCCGCUGCGGCUUUUCUAAAGUCCUGGCGCCUUCGAGUAGCAGAAUCAAUGUAGGUGUGCUAGCCAACAGAAAUACAGGAAACGUCUCCAUCACCCG